UCAAGAAGAAGUUGCGAUUAUUUAUCAUGUUGAAGGAUGGAAUAAUGUAGAAGCUGUAUUUACAGAUACCCAAUAUUCUAUGGAAAAACCUUGUGAUCAACAUAAUUUGACUUGCAUUUAUCUUGGUAAUAUUG